AUGGAAUAUUUUUGCGAUCUUGGAGAAAAAGAAAAGGAAAAACAAAAAAUGACAGAAAAAGAGGAGGGGAUUAAUUUAACAAUAAAUAUUCCUUUACCUUCUAAUUUUUAUUCUGGCAAAGCAAUAGAAGAUAGAAAAAGUGUUUUUCAAGGACAUGUAACUAAAUUGGAUUCAAAAGACAAGGUCCCAAAAUUGCUUGAAAGUUUAAAAACCGUUGGAAAAAUUGCUCGUGCUAGACACAAUCCAUAUGCUUGGCGUAUUGUUAAUGAUGCUAAACGAGCUAUUGAACAGCACGAUUGUGACGAUGAUGGAGAGACUGGCUCAGCUUCUAAAUUACUUCGACUUCUUAUGCAAAUGGACGCUAAAGACGUUCUUUUGGUUGUUAGUCGUUGGAAAGGCGGCAAUAAAAUUGGACCAGAUCGUUUCAGGCAUAUUUGUAAUGCCGGACGUGAUGCAUUAAUUUCUGGUGGUUUUGUUGUAGUAGAAGGAGAAGGCGAAAAAAAUAUAUAG